AUGCACCGACAUCAAGCAAGUUGGUUUUGUCAAAACAACGGUGCUACGAAGGCCGCGUGUGCUGCUUACAAGAAUCGAAACACUGGCACAAAACAAUGGGAUACUUGCCCCGAUUGCACACCCCAAAAUCUCGUCAACACUCCCGAUUGGGUAUGCUGGUCUAACCAGAAGCACAUUGGCGGCGAUGAGUGGAACUAUUAUUGCCUUCAAGCUGGAGCUUAUGCUAGCGAGGCUAACUAA